AUGCCUUUCAAAGAAGAUAAACGUGAUCCAACUCACGUCCCAUUAAUUACUCCUCCAAAUUUACCAAUAGAAAUAAAAAGAGAAAAUGAAUUUGGUACUUUAACUAGUAAAACUUAUUUACAUCAAGUUAAAUCAUUUGAAGGGAAAGAGAUUCCAGAUCCUGUGAUAGACACACCACCUUAUUAUAUUUCAAUCAUAACUUAUGUCAACUAUUUAAUAUUAAUUAUUUUUGGUCAUGUUCAUGAUUUCUUAGGUAUAAGAUUUCAAAAAAAUAAGUACACUGAUUUAAUCGAGAAGGAUGGUAUGGCACCAUGGUAUUCUGUCUUGGAAAGUUUCUAUGUUAGAAGAUUGAAAAAGAGAAUUGACGAUUGUUUUUCUAGGCCAGCUACUGGUGUCCCUGGUAGAUUCAUUACAUGUAUUAAUAGAGUAUCGCAUAAGUUUAAUGAAUACUUCACUUAUCCUGGUACUACAAGAAUGUGUUUGAACCUUUCCUCCUAUAAUUAUCUUGGUUUUGCUCAAAGUGAGGGGAAAUGCACUGAUUAUGCCAUCAAAACCGUUGAGAAAUAUGGUAUCAACCCUGGUGGCCCACGUACUCAAAUUGGCACCACUGAUUUACAUAGGGAGGCUGAACGUUUGAUUGCAAGAUUUGUUGGUAAAGAAGACGCAAUGUUAUUUUCUAUGGGGUAUGGGACAAAUGCAAAUUUCUUUAAUGCAUUCUUAGAUUCUAAAUGUUUAAUUAUCUCCGAUGAAUUAAACCAUACAUCCAUUAGAACAGGUGUUAGAUUAUCGGGUGCCACAGUCCGAGUCUUUAAGCACGGUGAUAUGAAAGGUUUAGAGAAAUUGAUUAGAGAACAGAUCGUUUUGGGCCAACCAAAGACUAAUCGUCCAUGGAAGAAAAUCUUGAUUUGUGUUGAAGGUUUAUUCUCAAUGGAAGGCACGUUAUGUAAUUUGCCCAAAUUAAUUGAAUUAAAGAAGAAAUAUAAAUGCUAUUUGUACGUUGAUGAAGCACAUUCAAUUGGUGCCAUCGGUCCAAAUGGUCGUGGUGUAUGUGAUCUAUUUGGUGUGGAUCCAAAUGAUAUCGAUAUCUUGAUGGGUACUUUAACAAAAUCGUUCGGUGCUGCAGGUGGAUAUAUUGCUUGUGAUAAGUGGAUUAUUGACAGAUUAAGGCUUGAUUUGACUACACCAAAUUAUGCUGAACCAAUGCCUGCACCUGUGUUAGCACAGAUUAUAUCUUCAUUGAAGAUUAUUAUCGGUGAUAUAAACCCAGGUGAAGGACAAGAAAGAUUACAACGUAUUGCAUUCAAUUCACGUUAUUUGAGACUUGGUUUGCAAAGAUUAGGGUUCAUAGUAUAUGGUAAUGCAGAUUCGCCUGUGAUUCCAAUGCUAUUGUAUUGUCCAUCUAAGAUGCCUGCGUUUUCAAGAAUCAUGUUGCAAAGAAACAUCGCUGUUGUUAUUGUAGCAUAUCCAGCCACACCAUUAAUUGAAUCACGUGUCAGAUUCUGUAUGUCUGCAUCAUUGACAAAGGAAGAUAUUGAUUAUGUUUUACGUCACGUCAAUGAGGUUGGCGAGAUGUUAAAUUUAAAAUUAAACUCUGGUAAAUCGAGUUGGGAUGGUAAAGUACAGAGAUGGGACAUUGAAGAAGUUAUCAAGAGAACGCCAGAGGACUGUAAAGAUGAUAAAUAUUUUGUGUGUUAG